GUUUUCAUCCGAUGCCGAGUUUGAUGCUGCACGUUUGGUGAUUCGUGUGUCUGUAAAAUUGAGGUUUCAUCUCUAUCAGGGCUUCAUAUUUCAUAUUUGCCAAGAUGAGGCUAAUAUUUAAUAACCAGAAUGCCAGUGAUUUGAUUUGGAAUUAGCCAUUUGCGUUCAUACCACAAAGCAGAGCUAGAUCCAUUUAAAUUUUAACAAACCUUGCAACUUAGCCAAAGACAGUUUACUAGCUGUUUACUAAAGUGAUAAUAUUUGAAAAGCCGUCAAACUUCAUGGCGGCAGCGGAUCAUACACCUUGCCCAGAGUUCCUGGACUGGGAACUUGACUCUUCUACAACCAAUGGAUUAAAACAGGAGAAGCAACUUUCUGCCUCACAGAGAAGAUACUACAGCUUCUGCAGGAGGAAGUCAUUUGCUGCCUUUGUGGCAUCCAAGAGGAACGGCAGUCGGGAGGAGGGGAGCACGUCUUGGUGCUGCUGCGGUCAGACCUUCAAGGAACAUCCUGCCAUUCACAAGCAUGUGGCCAGGACUCAUGAUACUGAAAUAAAGCAGCUCACACAGGCCACAUAUGAAUGUCUGCUAAGCCAGCUGGAGGAAGAACCUGAAGCACAGCAGCCGAACGAGCACAAAGCCGAGGCGGUGGACAUCUCUGCGUGGAUACCCGACACAAGCCACAUCCCUGAGGAGCAACUUCUGAACGGUCCAGGAAAGGUGAUCCUUUAUUAUCACUACUGUCAAGUGGAGGAUCCACAUGUCAUCUGUGCUUGGCAGAGAGCUUUGUGUGAAAAGCUCCACUUAACUGGCAAGGUGAGGGUGGCGUCUGAAGGCAUCAACGGAACAGUCGGUGGCACCAACAUGGCCACUGACAUUUACAUCAACGCAAUGCGCUCACAUCCUUUAUUCAAGAUGGAUAGGGAGGAUUUUAAGACAAGUGAUGGUGGUGCAGAGUGUUUCACAGACCUAAGGGUUGGAGUCUAUAAAGAAAUUGUCCCCAUGGGAGUGGAUCCUGAGGUCAUCUCCUACCAAUCAGCAGGAAUUCAUCUGGAGCCAGAGGAGUUUCACAAAGAAGUGGAGGCUCUUCUGGCUAAAGGGGAUCUGUGCAGCGACACCAUCCUGCUAGACUGCCGUAACUUUUACGAGAGCAAAAUUGGGCAGUUUACUCGGUGUCUGGCCCCGAACAUCCGUAAGUUCAGCUACUUCCCCGACUACGUCGACCAGAACCUGGAACUGUUUAGAGACAAGAAAGUCCUCAUGUACUGCACCGGAGGGAUCCGCUGUGAGCGCGGCUCUGCAUACCUCCGCUCAAAAGAUGUGUGUAAAGAGGUUUACCAGCUGAAAGGUGGAAUUCACAAAUACCUGGAGCGUUUCCCUGAGGGUUUCUAUCGAGGAAAACUUUUUGUCUUUGACGAGCGCUACACCAUCUCCUCCAAUAGUGACAUAAUCUCAGACUGCAGGUACUGCGAAUGUCCGUGGGACCAGUACAAGCUCUGUUCCACCCAGUUCUGCUGCCAGCUGGUUCUCUCAUGUCACGGUUGCAGACGGGAUGGACACACCGCCUGCUGCCCCACCUGCCAAACCAAAGGAAGGGCUCAGAACGAGGCGUCCUCCGGCGCUCCACAUCACAAAGAGGAGUGUGAGUGCACCGGUGGACGUCCCAGAAUCCCUCAGGAUGUGUAGCGAUCCAACAUCAGUGUUCGCAGCCACAUGAAAAACGCUGCAUGUCCAGGGAUAUUAAUCAGACUGUGCAACCAGCAUGUUUUUAAAUCAUGAAUGUUGCAAAUUCAAUCAGAUUUAAAUGGUUUAAUUCUGAGGACAGAGCCAUCCAUGAAUCUGAUAUUAGAUGAUAAAACUGUUAAAUCAUCUUUUACUGAGGGAAAUGUUAGAAUACAUCUGCAGAGUCCACGAGUUUUAUUACAUACAUUUUGUGAAACUGGAAUGCCUUGUCAUUAAUGAAAGCUCAGUUCCAGUGGAUUUGAACUUCUUAUUUUAUAUGUGUAUGACUGUGUGUGUGUGUGUGUGUGUGUGGGUACUUGUUUGUGUAAAAAUGGGAUUUUAUCUUUUAAAAUCAGUGCUUUGGCAAUUUCAUAUGUUAAUUUGAUUUUUUAAUUUGUCUAAAAUGGUUUAUCCAUUAAGUCUCAGUCUGUUUCGUUUUGAUAUUUACAUGGCAACAAAUUACAUCUAUUCCCCACGUAAAGUGAGUUCUUUCAGGCUUCAAGGAUCAUUCACAGUUUGAGGCACUAACACUCUGCACUGAACCCUAAUAAAAUUCUUUUAGUGACACUUUAGUGGCACUUAAAUGGAGGGGGAGGUUAGACAUCGGUUACACCAUUCAAAGCAAUGGUAUAUCACCAGCUGCAAAUUCUUAAAUACAAUUUAAAAAGAAAACGUUUAUUUUACAAAGCUUGAAGACUUAAAUCUAAAUAGUUUAUGAUUAACUGUACAUAAGUGUUUGAUUAAUUUAUAGCCUCUGUUAUAACUCUGAUGUCUUACAACUAAAAAUACCAUCAAAUCAGGGUAAAGCACACAUCAUUAGGGAUACACAGAAACUGUCUGGACUUUGAGGUUUUCAUGACAUGAGGAAUUUCACUGUCAUUUUCACAACAGGAUGCUCUGUCUGAUUAGAUGAGCUACAUUAAACAGGAGAAUGGCUCCUUUUUGGUUGCUAGAGGGCAGCGAUACAGGCUGUAAUCAAAACAAUGGCAUACCUUAUAAAGUUUGCACUUUAACACUUGUUAAUAAGCAGUAAUGGAAGAACGCUGGUGUAGUUUUGAAGUUGUUGUGAAAGCCUGAUGAAUGUAAGUCCAGUAUUCACUGUCCUUUUAGCUCUAUUUUGGACUGCACCACCAACUCCUGAGAACAAUAUCUGACUCUUGCUUCAAAAUGCUGCAUUAUGUUUACCAGCUGACGCUUACUUUUUCCCUGUCAACCAUUUGGUGCUGUUUAUAUGACAUACUGGUUUAUGGAAGCUUUUUUGCCCAGAAAGAGCAGUGACAGUAAAAAAGCAAAGUUGCAGGCAGUGAGCUGAGAAAUGUAGAUUUGGGUUGAUACUGUAUGUUUGACACUAUUCUUGAGCCCUGUAAAAUUAUAUUAAUAUAAUAUUAAUGUGAUCCAUCGAUAAUACAAGCCAAUAAGGAGGUUUGCACUAUUGCACAAUUUAAUUUUUUUUUCUGAUCACUUGAAAUACUUAUAAUCAUGCUUUGAACACUGAGGUACACACUUAUUAAAAAUGGGAAUUUGAA